AUGGCUGUUUUAUGGCUUACCCAGUUUAUGAUCGUUACUCUUAACAUCCUUUUGGGAAUCCUGUUUGUCCUGGCAAACAAAGACUUUUGUGGAAGCGUUUUUGAAACUCAAGUCGGUGAGUAAAUCAUGACUUAAAAUGAAAAACCAAAACAAAAAAAUGAAAAAAACCAUUCUUAUACUCUCUUUCUUUUAGCUGUUAACUACAAGGAACGUAUUUUUCCUUUCAGACUAUGCCUUGGUGGGUCAUGUUAUCCAGACAAAUGUUGUUGCGGACGAAUUUGAAUGCCAGUUAAAAUGUAUGGGAAAUAACAGCUGUAAGUCGAUCAAUCUUCAUCCCGGUGACAGCAACGGAAAACGUAGCUGUGAGUUGAAUAAUAAAACACGGCAGAUGAAGCCAGGUCAUUUUAAAAAGCAGAAAGGAUCUACAUACUAUGGCUCUGUUCAGGUAGGUUCUAGGUUGAGCAGAUUUGUUGAUAACUUUCCUAUGUUAUUCACUGCCAAGAGCAAUGUUUCGGAACUAUUGUUGUAGACUAAUGAAAACUGAUAGAAUCAAUUGUUAUUGGCAUACAAGUAGGCGUUUAUUUCGUAAACAGAACACCAGACAGUGAAAAAUCUCGGGCAAACAUUUCUCCAAGCGAGUCUUAACUAUCUUCAUCAUUUUGCAAUUCCCGUUUUGCAAUAACCUGCGAACCAAAAGGUUUCUUUCCUGCUUGUAUAGCGUGUUCUGAGUGUUGUCAGGAGUGUGAGGGUAACGUCAAAUUUCCUUUUUGAAAACGCACAUUGAGCGUCUGAAUACUGAAAACGAGAAAAAAAGCUUUGUUUACUCUGAACAACGAUCGAUGACAGAACGGGAAGCAAAAAGUUCACCUUUCUGUUUUACUAAUCAGGCUCAGGCCUCCUGCAUGGAUGUUUCUCGUGGGCGAAAACAAACAACUAAAAGAGGCCAGUGUCAUCCAGGAUACAAAGGAAAACAUUGUGAAACAGGUAGGUGUUGAGACUGUUCUAGAAAAGUUCUACUUUAGACGUUGCCAAACGAAAUACAUGACUAUUAAUUGCAAUGAGGGUGGUGGAAAUUUUCAAUUGGGGACUCCUUUUAAAACCCAUUUCUGAAGAUAAAUGCAGAAAGUCAUGUUCAAGUUUGCACAUAGCUUUAUCCCCUUUUUCCAGCGUCUUAGCUGGUGUGUGAGGAUUAAUAAGCCCAUCAAGAUCAAAGCUCAUUUCCUUUUCAGCUACCAGAGACUUAUAUUACAAUCAGCCUGGGUAUUCCCGUAAGGACAUUCGAAAUUAUUUUUGCAAUUGACCCUGAACCAUGACACUAAAAAAUAAAACAUAUUUAAAUUCUCAGCUAUACCUGGCUGGUCUUUCCGUUAUCCUGCUUUGUCAUGCAAGCACAUUUUGGAAGCUGGGGACUCUAAAGGAGACGGGGAGUACUGGAUCGACCCUGAGAAAAAUGGAAGUUCCUUAAAAGUAUUUUGUGACAUGACAACUGAUGGAGGUAAGCACUGUAAAUAACUCGUUUCUGCAAUAUUGGCUGUGUAUAGAACAGAGGCAAACCUUUGUGGUGUAUAAACCUGAGGAAAAAAAAAACCAUUGCAAAAUGAUUAAAUGCAGCAAAAACGUUCAAAGAAUGCUACUGGCAAACGAGGACAAACGAAAACAUCUGUUUUACUGGAGGAGUUAAGGUAUGGCCCGCACUUUAUAUGAAAGUUUCGAAAGGCUGCCAAACCAGUAGGAUUUUUUAGAGUAGUACGAGCUGAAAUACAGCGAAAAACUCCGGCUUGUGGUCAAAGCAGGGUUUCAAUCUGGAGCCACUGAGGUGAUAACAAGCGAACAAAACCAUUCUACUAUCUUGUCUUCUUUAAAUAGAUAAGGCCGGUAGGUAGAGGGAGAGAAAAUACCUUUGUGCCGUGGCGCAAAGGCAUAACUAGAAGUUGCUCAUUUUUUUAUUGUAAGAACAACAGAGGUUCAUCGAGGAGCUCUUUCCGUUCUGCCAAGAAAUGCGAUUCACAUUUUCUUUCUUAAUGUUUGGCAGGAGGCUGGCUCCUAGUCUAUAACGUUAUUGCUGGGGGAACUGUGCCUCCAAGCAAUUUGAAUAUUGAAAACACAUAUGCAGGAGUCAGUCGUUACAGCAGCAACAGAAUGGUUCUCUCCCCUGACGGUAUGCGAGAGCUGAGAUCCCGCAUAUCUUUCACUCAGCUGAGAUUCCACUGCCGUAAAGAGCAACAUGGACGAACGUUUCAUGUCAAAACGGUCGCGAACAGCUCUGGUGAAGCUGUAGCCAGGUUCUUUGCUGGUGAUACCAUCGUUUUUCCCAAAGCCUGUGGCUCAUUUGAGAAACUUAAAGGAGACAAGUCAGUCCUUGCAAGUAGAUGCGUAGAAUGGGGGAGGGAAAACGGCACGUAUCAUGUUGGAAAAUGGGGGCAUGAAGGGCAUAAGGAGCUUUAUAUAUACUCAGCAUUCAUUUGGCGAUAUCAUCAUUGGAGCACGUCGCCUGGAAAAAACCUCUGGCAAUGCGAUGACUCGGCCAACGAUCUGUCACGCGGCGACUUUUGGAAUAUUUAUGUCCGUUAA